GUCUGUAGCGUUCUCCCUCCCUCUCAACCACACUAACAGACGGUGGGCCGGCGCAGUGCUUUAAACUCAAAAUAAACAAGGAAAGGUUUGCUCUUUGAUACUGGAGAGUACACAGCAAUGGGACCACGAAAGAAAAGUGUUAAAACCUGUCUUAUGAAUAAUGAAAUCCCAGAGGAAACAACAUCAGAUGAAACAAAGGACUACAUGAAUCAACUUUCACAUGAAGUACUUUGCCAUAUUUUUCGGUACCUCCCUCUGCAGGACAUCAUGUGCAUGGAAUGUCUUUCCCGGAAGCUAAAGGAAGCAGUGACCCUAUAUCUGAGAGUUGUGAGGGUUGUGGAUCUCUGUGCAGGGCGAUGGUGGGAAUAUAUGCCAUGUGGCUUCACAGAUUCCAGUUUUCUAACACUAUUGAAGAAGAUGCCAGAUGUCGAACAGUUAUAUGGCCUUCACCCUCGAUACCUUGAAAGGCGAAGAGUAAGGGGCCAUGAGGCGUUUAGCAUCCCAGGAGUCCUAGAAGCUUUGCAGGCAUGCCCGAACUUAGUGGGUGUGGAAACUUCGCAUUUGGAGUUGGUAGAAUCCAUUUGGACUUACAUGCCACAUGUUCACAUUUUGGGGAAAUUUCGUAAUCGUAAUGGAGCGUUUCCAAUUCCUCCUGAAAAUAAACUGAAAAUUCCUAUAGGAGCCAAAAUUCAAACUUUACACUUAGUUGGUAAUAAUUUGUUGGUCAUUUUAAGACACAGAAUUUAUAAGUUAUUUAUUUUAAUCACUGAUUUGGAAAUUCAUUUUUAAGGUAUUUUACAUUGUUCCAGUAAAGAUUUGUUUUUUUUUCUAGGACCUACAAAUUCCUUGAAAUAUGUUCCAUUAGUAACAGGCUUAGCCUCUGCCCGAAAUUUGGAACAUUUAGAAAUGGUUCGAGUUCCUUUUCUUGGAGGUCUUAUCCAACAUGUAGUUGAAGACAGUUGGAGAUCAGGUGGUUUUAGAAAUUUGCACACUAUUGUUUUGGGAGCUUGCAAAAAUGCCCUUGAAGUAGAUCUUGGUUACCUCAUCAUCACUGCUGCCCGUAGGUUACAUGAAGUUCGAAUCCAGCCUUCCCUAACCAAAGAUGGUGUCUUUUCUGCCCUAAAGAUGGCAGAGUUGGAGUUUCCCCAAUUUGAAACCCUUCAUCUGGGAUAUGUAGAUGAGUUUUUGCUUCAGAGCAGAAUGGCUAAUGCAGACCUGGUGAAGUAUGGUUUAGCUGAUGUAGUAGAAAAUCCUGGUAUCAUCACCGAUAUAGGGAUGAAGGCUGUCAAUGAAGUUUUCUCCUGUAUCAAAUAUCUGGCAAUUUACAAUUGCCCCCAUCUACACAACCCAUACAAUUGGAUCUCAGACCAUUCAAGGUGGACUCGAUUGGUUGAUAUCAACCUAGUACGGUGCCAUGCUUUGAAGCUGGACUCCUUUGGCCAGUUUAUUGAAUUAUUGCCCAGCCUGGAGUUUAUUUCACUGGACCAGAUGUUUCGUGAACCACCCAAGGGCUGUGCUCGAGUUGGUCUGAGUGCAGGCACGGGAAUUGGGGUUUCCUCAGCCCUUGUUAGUAACCAGAACUCCAACAAUGACAAUGAUAAUAAUGCCCAGAAUAACAAUGCCAACCUCCAUGACAACAAUCACCAUCACCCAGAUGACUCAGAUGAGGAGAAUGACUUUCGGCAAGAUCUGCAACCCGGAGAGCAGCAGUUUGCAGCCGACGCAUUGAAUGAGAUGGAAGACAUGGUCCAAGAAGAUGGAGAGGUGGUGGCUGAGAGUGGAAACAACACUCCAGCUCACAGUCAGGCAAUUGUUCCUGUGGAUGUUGAUGAGGAACAAGCAGGUCCCAGUGGUCUUCAGCGUGUCGUAAAACCAACCCCAAUUACUGUUCAUGAUUCAGAAAGUGAUGAUGAGGAAGACAGUCUAGAACUCCAAGAAGUCUGGAUUCCUAAGAAUGGUACUAGGCGUUACUCUGAACGUGAAGAAAAAAAUGGAGAAUCUGUGCAGUCCAGGGAAUUGUCAGUAAGUGGAAAAGGCAAGACUCCACUUCGAAAGAGGUACAACUCCCAUCAGAUGGGCCAGUCGAAGCAGUUUCCUCUUGAGGAAAGCAGCUGUGAGAAAGGCUGUCAGGUCACCAGUGAGCAGAUCAAAGCCGAUAUGAAAGCAGCUAGGGAUAUUCCUGAAAAGAAAAAAAACAAGGAUGUUUAUCCCAGCUGCAGCAGCACCACCGCCAGCACAGUGGGAAACUCCAGCUCACACAGCACUGCUUCUCAAAGCCCCGACUUUGUAAGGACGGUGAACAGCAGUGGCUCUUCCGAGCCUAGCCCUACAGAAGUGGAUGUAUCCAGGCAGUGUGUCUGCUCCCCCGAUGGGUCAGAGGACUCUGAGGCCAUGGAGGAGGGAGAUGCAGAGAGUUCUGUCUGCCCCAGAUGCUGCUGUCACAGGCCCCAGGAAUCCCAAAGGAGAACUAGCAGGUGUUCUGAUGAGGAACGUCCUUCAACCAGCCGAGCCUGUGUUGUGAAUGGCCCGGAUGAAGUUGCCAAAACAAAGUCACGUCAUGCCAUGAAACGGAAGCGCACAGCAGAUAAAUCUACUAGUACUAGUGAUCCUGUCAUUGAGGAUGACCAUGUGCAGGUUCUUGUAUUAAAAUCCAAAAAUCUUGUAGGAGUCACUAUGACCAAUUGUGGAAUCACAGAUCUAGUGCUAAAAGACUGUCCCAAGAUGAUGUUCAUCCAUGCUACCAGGUGCAGGGUACUGAAACAUUUAAAAGUAGAAAAUGCCCCGAUUGUAAACCGAUUUGACUAUGCACAGUGCAAGAAACUGAAUAUGGAUCAGGUACUAGACCAGAUUUUAAGGAUGCCUCCUGAGAGAAACCGUAUCAUAUACCUACGCCCAAUGCAGCAGGUGGACACACUAACUUUGGAGCAGAAGCUGUUCAGUGGUCCCUACCCCUAUCAUAUCUGUAUCAUUCACGAAUUCAGUAACCCGCCUAAUGUCCGCAAUAAGGUGCGCAUUCGCAGCUGGAUGGACACUAUAGCAAACAUCAAUCAGGAGCUCAUUAAGUAUGAAUUCUUCCCCGAAGCCACUCGAAGUGAAGAAGACUUAAAGAAGUACCCCAAGUAUCCCUGGGGAAGAGAAAUCUAUACUUUAGAAGGCGUUGUGGAUGGAGCUCCGUAUUCCAUGAUUUCUGACUUCCCUUGGCUGAGGUCAUUACGGGCAGCAGAGCCCAACAGCUUUGCCCGAUAUGAUUUUGAAGACGAUGAAGAAAGCACCAUCUAUGCUCCUCGAAGGAAAGGGCAGCUCUCUGCAGACAUCUGUAUGGAAACAAUAGGAGAGGAAAUUUCUGAGAUGCGUCAAAUGAAGAAAGGUGUAUUUCAACGAGUUGUGGCAAUUUUUAUCCACUAUUGUGAUGUCAAUGGAGAGCCAGUUGAAGAUGAUUACAUUUGAUUGGCUCCCCUCCUUUCCAGCUAUUCUGUCAGAAAGCAGCUAGAGCCAUCCAGCUGCCAGAAUGCUCCACAGGGACUUGAGCCAUGCAGUUGGGAGGCCCUGGCUCGGAUUAGUAUGUAGGAAUUAUAUAAGGAACAUUGAAGUUCUGUACAAAGAUUUGUACAUAGAGGAGAUAUACAAAGACACUUCCUAAAGUCAUAUGUUUAUACAAUUUAAUUUAAAAAUUCAUUUUAAUGAAGGCAGAUAAUUUGAAAGAGUUCAUUUUGUUCACUUUUCCUGACUUAGUUCAUAAAGUAUCAUUUUUUGACUGAGCCUCAUUUACUAUAUUCUUAAUAAUCACUGUCAUCCCCUUAAAUCUGUGCCUUUUUCUUCUCGAGCAAAGCUGUUUGAGUAAAUCUGUUGAAGAGUGUUUAAGUCUUGUGUGCAUUUUUGUUGUUAUUAAAACAUCAACUAAACUCAAUAGUCAGAUCAGGCUAUAUGUUUCUGUACAAAGCUGUAGUUGCUUUUUCUUUUUGGUAUUAUAAUUAUCAUAUUUCUUAAUUAAGAAAAAGACUUAUGAGCUUGAAAAAAAAUGAAUUUGCAGGGGAAAUGGGAAAGUUUCCAAAGCAUUUCUAGUUAUUUAUUUCCACAUUUAAUUGUGUAUAUGCUUUAUUUGAAUAUAAAAAUAAAAGUUUAUUAAAAACUUU